AUGGCACCCCCUAGUGCCUCACGUACCCACACAACUCCCGUCGCGCCCUCGGCCGACGCUCCCGCCGACCCCAACUCACAGCCCGACACUCAGCUGAGCGUCGUCCCGUCAUACACAGACCAGUCCGCAGUGCUCAAGGCCGUCCGUGCGCACGCACACGGCCGACAGCGCACAAUGCGCGCCGUCGAGCUGGAGCGCAAGCAGCAGGAGCGCGAGCAGAAGAAGCAGUGGCGGACGGCUCUCCGAGAAAGUGCGGCAGGCGCAGACAGCGCAGACGCGUGCCCCAAGCGCACGAGCAAGAGCGGGCGCGUGUCCGGUAGGAAGAUGGGUGCGAGGGGCAUCGGGCUGGAGACCGCAGAGGCAGAACGGAGCCCACGCGACGACGGGCUGGAAGAGCUCACGGAGGACGACAGCGAGAGCAGCUCGGACGAGGACCUGGGGCCUGUGCAGGCGCGGGAGGUGGCGCUGGCAGACCUUAUCAAGCCUGCAAAGAUACGCCGGCGUGGAGCGGGCGACUUUGAGCUCAUCCCUAGCCUGCCCUCUGUCGUUGUCUUGGACGAGCUUAGCCCUAUCGCCUAUGAGAUGGACGAAGCGUGGCAGCACAUCACAGCCGAUGAGAUUAACGAGAAGGUCGUCCCGUCGUAUGCCCAGGUUGCUGCGAGCGCCAUUUGA